CGCUAACGGCGGGGCUAAUCCCGCUGGCCGCACCGGCGCAGAGCCGCCGGCCCGCAGGGCACCGAGCGCUGCCGGCAGCGGUGCGUGCGCGGAGCGCGCCGGGGGCGGGCCCGGAGCGGCGGCGGGCCCGGAGCGCCGGCGCUGUGAGUGUGGGGCCGAGGGGCUGGGGGGAGAGUGCUGGCUACACUAAAUGUCCUUCCUGCUUGAUUUGGGGGCCUUCACCAUGGGCAUGUGGUCUGUUGGCCUUGGAGCCAUUGGCGCAGCUGUGACAGGGAUUGUCCUUGCUAACACUGACUUAUUUUUGUCCAAGCCAGAAAAGGCCACACUGGAGUUUUUAGAGGAGAUAGAGCUAAAAACUUUGGAACCAGAACAAAGGACAUUCAAAGCAGGUGAACUAUGGAAGGAGAAUGGUGCAGUGAUCAUGGCUGUACGAAGACCUGGAUGAUUUUUGUGCAGAGAGGAGGCUUCUGAGCUCUCCUCUCUGAAACCCCAGCUGUCCAAGCUGGGUGUCCCUCUCUAUGCUGUUGUGAAAGAGAAGAUAGGGACCGAAGUGGAGGAUUUUCAGCAUUAUUUCAAAGGAGAAAUCUUUCUGGAUGAAAAGAAAGGCUUUUAUGGUCCACGCAGACGAAAAAUGAUGUUGUCAGGCUUUUUCCGCUUGGGAGUUUGGCAGAAUUUCUUCCGUGCUUGGAGAAGUGGAUAUAGUGGAAAUCUGGAAGGAGAAGGAUUCACGCUGGGAGGUGUAUAUGUGAUUGGGGCAGGAAGACAGGGUGUUUUACUGGAGCAUCGUGAGAAAGAAUUUGGAGACAAAGUCAGCCUUCCAUCUGUCCUUGAAGCUGCUGAGAAGAUAAAAACACAAGCUUCAUAAGUGGAAAAACAGUUGCACAUGUUUCUGAUUAGAGCUUGAAAUGUAGAAUGUAUCCAUGUCUUGAAUGUAUGGCGUAAUUGCUUAACUAUUUAGGGAUCAAUGCACAUGAAAGGCAUAUUCAAGCAUAGAAAAUUAUGAAAAUCCUCUUGGAUUGUUUUUGGUUCCUUUGCAGUCCUCCAGGUGGCCAGGAUUUUGACUGGUCCUUUGUAUCUGACUGUAUUAAUGAAAGGCUGGGUCUAAAAUCUGACCUAGCCUAGAUGUUUUCAGUCAGAGACAGUCAGUUGGAAACCUGUCUACUAGGGAAGCAAAACUCUGCUAAGGCUGUAGUAAUGGAGUACCAGCUGAGGGGAAAAUAUAAUAAAACUUUAUGUAAAUGAAA